UCGAACAUAUUCUGAAUGCAAACAAAUGAAAUGAGCAGCUUGGACGAAAUUCUGGACAGCAUAUGCAUCGAGUUCCUGGAAGUAUGCGAGGAGCUCAUGAGUCGCAGGACUGUCUUGGAUGACGUGCUAGCCGAAAGCUCAAUCCACCUAGCCCGCACCCAGCUCUCGAACUCCUCGACCUCCCAUUCAUCAGCCCUGGCUCUCUCCAUGCUCCAGUUUAACCCUUCUUUACGUCCAACGGUAGCGGUAGUUCCAGACCAGUCGACGAUUGUCAGUGGGUUUUCCCAAGUGUCAAUUAAUAAUGGGGAGGGGGAUGUUGCUGUGUCUGGGAGUGGGUCCAAAGGAGGAGUCGUUUCGACUGGGAUUGGACAGGAAGAUACAGGACAUGUCGAGCUGAUGUGUGAAUGGGACAAAUCUCAAAGUGGCAAUAACGGCAACUCAAUCAUUCCCGGUAGCAACGCUCAAAGUGUAUCCAUAUCAUUCACAACUCCAUCCAGCAUCAAAAGUGCAAAAUAUUACUACGAAAAAUCAAUCGAAGAAAUAGUCUACAUAGCCACACUUCAGAACAAAAUUCAAAGUCUACGAAAACAGUACGCGAAGCUGAGAAAGCUGAAAUUGGCAAAUAAACAGAAUUUGAUAGACCUAAAGAGCCCUAAAAGUGAAAAUAUAGUGGAACCGGCUUUGUCAAAUAUUUGGGACUUUAACUCAGAUUCGAUUGAAAUUUGAACGCAAAUUUAGUGUAAUUAUCUUUUUUGAAGUAAUUAAAGGUUAU